CCGCACCGCGCAGGGCCGCGCCUGGCCGGGUGGCUGCGGCGGCGGCCGGCGGGCCAUGCUGCUAAAGCUCCUGCAGCGCCAGACCUACACCUGCCUGUCUCACCGCUAUGGGCCCUGCCUCUGCCUCGGUGGCCUCGUCCUCAUGAUCGUCUCCGCCCUGCAGUUCGGGGAGGUUGUGUUGGAGUGGAGUAGAGAUCAGUAUCAUGUUAUGUUUGAUUCAUACAGAGACAACGUUGCGGGCAAAUCGUUUCAGAAUCGGCUUUGUUUACCCAUGCCAAUUGAUGUGGUAUACACCUGGGUGAACGGCACAGAUGUUGAACUGAUCAAAGAACUGCAACAGGUCAGAGAACAGAUGGAGGAAGAACAGAAAAUAAUGAGGGAAAUCCUUGGAAAGAAUGCAACAGAACCAACAAAGAAGAGUGAGAAGCAACUGGAAUGUUUGUUGACACACUGCGUUAAAGUGCCAAUGCUUGUUCUGGAUCCUGCACUGCUGACCAACAUUACGCUGAAAGACCUCCUGUCCAUUCAUCCUACUUUACAAGCUGCUAACAAUAUGUUCUUUGUAGCAAAACCAAAAAAUCCUUCCACCAACGUGACAGUAAUUGUUUUUGAUAACCCUAAGGAUGCUGAAGCUGCCCAUUCUGGAAUGUUGAAAGACAACAGCAAGCAUAUAGUAUGGAGGGGUUACUUGACUACAGACAAAGAAGUUCCAGGUCUGGUGUUAAUGCAAGAUUUGGCCUUCCUUAGUGGAUUUCCAGCUACAUUCAAAGAAACAAAUCAGCUGCGAACAAAACUACCAGAGAGCCUGGCCUCUAAAGUAAAAUUGUUGCAGCUCUAUUCAGAAGCCAGUGUGGCUCUUUUGCAACUGAAUAACCCCAAGGGUUUCCAUGAACUGAGCAAACAAGCGAAGAAGAACAUGACUAUAGAUGGAAAAGAAUUAACACUUAAUCCUGCUUACUUAUUGUGGGACCUGAGCUCCAUCAGUCAGUCUAAACAGGAUGAAGAUAUUUCUGCCAGCCGGUUUGAAGAUAACGAAGAGCUGAGGUAUUCCUUACGAUCAAUAGAGAGACACGCUCCUUGGGUGCGACAUAUUUUCAUUGUCACUAAUGGGCAGAUUCCUUCCUGGCUUAACCUGGAUAAUCCCCGGAUAACUAUAGUGACCCACCAGGAAAUAUUUCAGAAUGUGAGUCACUUGCCAACCUUCAGUUCACCAGCUAUUGAAAGCCACAUUCAUCGUAUCAAUGGUCUCUCUCAGAAGUUUAUCUAUCUCAAUGACGAUGUUAUGUUUGGAAAGGAUGUUUGGCCUGAUGAUUUUUACAGUCACUCUAAAGGUCAAAAGGUUUACCUGACUUGGCCUGUGCCAAACUGUGCUGAAGGAUGUCCUGGUUCAUGGAUCAAAGAUGGUUACUGUGAUAAAGCCUGUAAUAACUCGGCUUGUGAUUGGGAUGGAGGUGACUGCAUUGGUAACAGUGGGGGUAGUCGCUAUGUUGCUGGUGGUGGUGCAGUAGGAGGUAUGGGGAAUGGACCACCGUGGCAGUUUGGUGCAGGAAUAAGUGGUGUUUCAUACUGUAACCAAGGUUGUGCUAAUUCCUGGCUAGCAGAUAAAUUCUGUGAUCAGGCCUGCAACGUCCUCUCCUGUGGAUUUGAUGCUGGUGAUUGUGGACAAGAUCACUUUGAAGAAAUGUACAGGGUGACGCUUCAACUAAAUCAGACCUACUAUGUUGUUCCAAAAGGUGAAUGUCUGCCCUAUUUCAGCUUCAGUGAAAUAGCCAAGAAAGCAAUUGAGGGUUCAUAUAGCGAUAAUCCAAUUAUCCGACAUGCUUCAGUUGCUAACAAAUGGAAGACUAUCCACCUCAUAAUGCACAGUGGCAUGAAUACGUCUGUGAUCUAUUUUAAUCUUACAUUUCUAAAUAAAAAUGAUGACGAGUUUAAAAUGCAGGUAGCUGUUGAAGUUGAUACUAGAGAGGAACCAAAACCGAACACAACUUCAGUGCAAAAAUCUGACUCUGAUUUUAAAACAACAACAAUACCAGAAGCUGAGAUGAUAUUUGAAGAUAUUCCCGAAGAAAAACGCUUUCCAAGAGUCAAGAGACAUCGAAAUGGCACAGGAGAGAGUAUCCAUGAAGAGGUGAUAAUACCUUCAGUAAAUCCAUCUCUUCUUCCUGAAAGUGUUCAACUAGCACUGCAGAACUUAGACUUAAAACUAGCAAAUGGUGAUAUCACUCAGAAAGGAUUUAACCUAUCCAAGGCUGCUCUCCUGAGACCUUUUCAGUUCUUAACUACUACAGUAAAGAAGAUUGCAGGUCUGGAAGAGAAUGAAGUGCAUUAUAGUCUACAAGAUCAGAAGAAUAUAACCAGCUGGCAGAAGCCUUAUGAAGAGGUGAACAAUGGGAAAAUAGAAAAAACAAAAGCAAAUGAUGAAUUUCAACCAAGGCUUAUAGGAACAAAGGAGACUGAUGUGACAGUGAACACAAAUAAACCAAUUUCUAGGAUAAAGCCUAAAACCACACAUCCAGCCCGGAGCAUAGGAAAUGAAAAUGAACCUAAAGAUAAAGUAUUGAAUGCGCUUAUAUUAAGGGGAACCCAGAAAUCAAAAAAUAUUGCGAAUGUAGAAGCUGGAGAAGAUACAGAGGGGAUGGAAGGAAGAAAAGGGCAUGUACAGUUGGAUACAAAUAUAAGAGAGGAGUUAGUAGGAAGAAAAUUGCAGUCUUAUGCAGGAAGUUACCAAGGCUUUUUGCCAUGGGAGAAAAAGAAGUAUUUCCAGGACCUUCUUGAUGAGGAAGAGUCAUUACUCAAAGAAAUGUCAUACUUUACUGAUGGUAAACAUCUUGGAAGGCAGCUGAAAGAUACAUUUGCUGAUUCCCUUCGAUAUGUAAAUAAGCUUUUAAACAGUAAAUUUGGAUUUACAUCUCGGAAAGUCCCUGCUCAUAUGCCUCACAUGAUUGACCGCACUGUUAUGCAAGAGCUGCAGGACAUGUUUCCUGAGGAGUUUGACAAGACAUCAUUUCACAAAGUGCGGCACUCAGAAGAUAUGCAAUUUGCUUUUUCAUAUUUCUACUAUCUUAUGAGUGCAGUUCAACCACUGAAUGUUUCUCAGAUCUUCGAUGAGGUCGAUACGGACCAGUCAGGGAUUUUGUCUGACCGAGAGAUUCGCACACUGGCCACAAGAAUUCAUGAACUACCAUUAAGUUUGCAGGACUUGACAGGUCUGGAACAAAUGCUAAUAAAUUGUUCGAAAUCUCUUCCUGCUAACAUCACUCAGAUCCAUGUCAUUCCACCAACUCAGGAAGCAUAUUAUGAUCCCAAUCUGCCUCCGGUGACUAAAAACCUAGUGACUAAUUGCAAACCUGUGACUGAUAGAAUUCGUAAGGCAUACAAGGACAAAAACAAAUAUAGGUUUGAAAUCAUGGGAGAAGAGGAAAUUGCCUUCAAAAUGAUUCGCACAAAUGUGUCUCAUGUAGUUGGUCAGCUGGAUGACAUACGAAAAAAUCCCAGAAAAUUUGUUUGCUUAAAUGACAAUAUUGAUCACAAUCAUAAGGAUGCCCAGACAGUGAAAGCGGUGCUUAGGGAUUUUUAUGAAUCAAUGUUUCCUAUUCCUUCCCAAUUUGAACUGCCAAGAGAAUAUCGGAAUCGUUUCCUUCAUAUGCAUGAACUCCAGGAAUGGAGGGCAUAUAGAGACAAGCUGAAAUUCUGGACCCACUGUGUUCUAGUAACACUUAUUGUAUUUACAGUCAUCUCAUUUUUUGCCGAACAGCUAAUCGCACUUAAACGAAAGAUUUUUCCAAGAAGAAGGAUCCAAAAGGAAGAUGGUCAUGAACGAAUCAAAGUGUAGAAGAGCUUUAUUUUGGAGAUCAGACUACCUCAAGAUGUGAUAAGCAUUUAAAAUCUCUCAUAAGUGUCUUUUAUGGUUUGAUAUUUAACUGAGUUGAUAUGAAGAAAAAAAAUCAUGCAUCUACAUUUAUAAUCUCUGCAGUACUCUGAUAUACAAGCUGCUGGAACUGUGACAGAAAGCUAAACAAAAAUGGCAGGAGCCUGUAUAUAGGCAGAUUUCAACUGAUCUUACUUUACAAAUGUUGGUACAUGGCCAUGCUAUCCUUUUUUAUAAAAAGGGUUACCUAAAGAAAUGUAGCUGCAUUUAUUGCAGUGGAUGUUGCCAACUACAUAUAAUGUUGGAAGGCAGAGUUGUUUGGGAUGAGCUUAACAGAUCCUUGAUCUUGUGUUCCGAAAGAUUUCUGCAGAAUUCUGUCACUGCUUUCUUUUUUUUUUUUCCUUUAGCCCUAUGGGAAUUAUGUAAUUUGUCAUUUACCCUUAGUCUACAUUUAAUGACGUUGGCAUUCCUUAAAGCACAGUGACAAUUCACUCCCCCCAAUUUGUAGUACUGAAUUGGAAUUUCGAAGAAAUGCAUGCUAAUAAGAAUACACGGUAACAGAACAGGUAAUGGUUAUUUUAGAGUUACUUUACAUUUUAUCUGGUGUAUUAUAUUCCAAAGAAUACAGUGGGUGUUGUCUUGAUUACAAAGAGAGGGUUGUAAUCAAGUGAAAGUGAUUAAGUUAUAUUGUUUUAAAAGCACUGUAAAUAUAACAACAGAAGUGCCUCUCUAUCUGAAUGGGUAAUGAACUGCUUUAAUGUAGCAAUGUGUGGGAGCAGUGUUUCACUUCAUAAAACAAUAUUUAUACUGACAAAUGAAGCUUUGUGAUUUUUUUUUUCUAAAUUUCACAGGACUUGGCCCUGUGUUUGAGACAUCAGACUGGUAUGAUUUUAUGUGGGGGGAAAAAAGAUACUUUUCAGGCAGAACUUUCUGGUGGUGUAUCUUCAUUGUACAAGCAGUAUUCAAAGAAUGCAUUAUUUUUUUUUUUGUAAUUGGGUGUACAAAAUGUAUGUGCAUAUGUAUUGUAAAAUACUUGGUUUGCUUUGAAAUCAACUAAAAUGUGAUGAAAGGUUUGUCUGUUUCUGUUUUGGAGUACAACAAAACUCGCUCAUUUUGAUAAAAUAGCCAUUAAUGCUUA